AUGUUCGCGUCCGGCAAUUCCGGAACCUUUAGCCCAGCAUCCUGCCCCAUUAGCUGGUACACUGUCGACCGGCCUGAUAAGACGGAUACUGUCCCGCAGUCGGGCAAGACGACGCGUACAUGCUGCUCCAAACAAUACACUCUCAACGGCGACUUCUGCGAGAGAAGCAUACCAACCAUACUCGCGACCCCCGUUCAAUACGUCAGCUCCCUACAAACAUACUCGUACAUGCCCCACAUCACCUACCUCGUCAACGCCACCAUCGCCCACCGCCCCGUCGUCGUCCUCUUCGAGCAAAAGGACCAAGAGGUCCUCGGUUUCACAGACGACGACGAGCACAUUGCCGACCCGGGUGUCUCCUCCUCUUCCUCCUCCUCCUCCUCCAAGAGCCCCGCCGACCGCCUCCCCCUUGGCGCCAAAAUCGGCAUCGGCGUCGGCACCGCCCUCGUGCUCUCAGCCUUGCUCGGCUUCCUCUUUUGGUUCCUCCGCCGCAGCUCCCGCCGUCCCGCCAAGGUAUACCCGCACAACCGCCACCGCGCAUCCGCGGGUCCGUCCGGCACCGCCGAUCCCGAGGUCGCCGAGGCGCGCCUCCGUGCCCGCCGCGACCUCGAUCCCCGCCCGCGUACGAACCUUCUCCGCGUAGCGCCGGACGAGGAGCUCAAAGUGCUCAAAGCACAGCAAGAGGCGAUACGGAGGCGGAUCGAGCAGCUAGAACGAAGCGGCUCGGCUGAUUCCAUUCCAAGAUAG